UCUGAGUAUUACUCACAUAAUAAUAACUCCUGCUAGCAGCACCCAUUGGGUCAUUGCACAAUGUGUACCCCUAAUGAUUCAGCCGUAUUGCAUGCCAUAUUUAAUCCUAACGUUCCAUUUGGUGAGCUUUAUGAACAGAAUGAAGGUGAUACACAUAAGGACACAGAUCUAGAUAGCAAUUUUCCCGCUGAUCUUGUGAGGGAGGCGCGCAACCUAGAGCUCUGUGGUGUUAAAGCAGCGGAAUCUGGGGAUGUGAAGACAGCGCUGCAGAGAUUCAGUGAGGCCAUUGCGCUUCUUCCUGAUCGGGCGUCUGCAUACAAUAAUCGUGCACAGGCUCUGCGCCUAGAGGGCGAUGUGACAGGUGCCCUGCAAGAUCUGAACCGUGCAGUGGAACUGAGCAGAGGGAAAGGGGUUGCAGGCCGCCAGGCUCUGGUACAGCGAGGACUAAUUCUGCGCCUGAAAGAAGACAAUGAGGCAGCCAGAAACGACCUUCAGCGAGCAGCUAAUCUAGGCAGUGACUUUGCCAGACAGCAGUUGGUUCUCCUAAACCCAUAUGCUGCUCUCUGUAACAGCAUGUUGAGGGACAUGAUAAGAAAACUGCAGGAACCAGAGAUACAGGAAUGCUGAUAGUCACAGGCUGGUGAGAGGCAGGACAGUAACUGUGCAUUCAGUACAAUAUAACACACAGACAAGCAGCUUCCUCUGCACACCAUAUCCAGGUCAGGAAUUCCACAGACACAGCAAUAACUGCAGUGGAAUAAUAGCUCUCAGAGCUCCUUGUAUUAUUGUAUCCAAUAAACUGACUGUAUCUAUGAAAAACUCAAUUUUUGCAACAUGUAUGGGAAUAUUUACCUAUAUAAAUAAACAGAAGUAAAUAUAA